AUGAAACAUGAAAUUAAUAAGAAACAAGAUAACGAAGAUUCGGACGAAGAUAUCAGUGAUGAAGAGGUGACUGAUCAAUAUAUUCAAGCACAUAAGAAGGCAAAAUUACCAAAAAUAGGAAGCGAUCAAUGGGUUGAGAAGUAUCGUCCAAAAAUAUCUAGAGAUAUAUGUAUUAAUCCCAGAAAAUUAAAGGAGGUGAAAGAAACGAUCUCAGACAUAGUCGAGGGAAAAGAUAAUACAAGGCUAUUAGUUCUCUCAGGCCCCGCAGGGUCAUCUAAGUCUACUACAGUCAAAGUUGUGGCGAAUGAAAUAUUCACUGGUACCUUUCGAAAUAAUCAUUACACUAAUCCAAGAGACCAAAGUUGGAUAGAAUAUAUUGAUUCUGCCGUAAUAGGAACUAAUCAAUCGGCUCAUUUCGAGGAAUUCUUGCAAGAUGCGAAAGUUGUUUCGGAUUCAUUGGUAAUUAUUGAAGAAUUGCCCAACGUAUUCAACCCACAUACUUUAGAGGUAUUCAGAAGAUCUUUGAAAGAAUGGAUUUUAAGUGAAAAUAGAAGGAACUUCCCUCUUUUAGUUCUCUGCAUUACAGAAGUUGAAGCUGCAAAUGAGACCUCAAAUUCGGAAUCUUUCAAUAUUAAUAAUAACUUGACCGCUGAAACACUUCUAGGUAAGCUAAUUUUAUCACUUCCAGAUGUUAAGCACUUAAAAUUUAACCCUAUUGCGGCCAGCUUUGUGAAGAAGACUUUGGGUCAAAUAAUUGCUAAGGAAAGUUCGACAUUCUCUGGCAUAACUAAAGCCGAAAUUAAUACUUUUCUUAGCUUAUUAUUGGAAACUGGAGAUAUCAGAGCGAUAAUAGCAAAUUUACAAAUAUGGUCUAGCUUUAAAUCACGAAGCGAAGGAAAGGAUUUGGAAUUUGAUUUCGCAAGAGAACAUAAGUUUAAUUUAUUCCAUGCGAUUGGAAAAAUAAUAUUCUCCAGCUCCAAAUUUAGAGAUAGAGAUCCCGAUGAGUCAGAUUACUUAUCUGUUCAAGCUGUCAUAGAUAGUUAUGUCAAUUCUGAGGCUCUGAUAUUGAACCUUGCUCUCAUGGAGAAUUACAAUAUUUAUAGUGCACUGGAAUUUCCUUUGAAGACGGCUGGAGCAAUUCUUGACAAUCUCAGUAUCAGCGAUGUCUUAUGUCGUAUUAAGGAAGGACCAGAUAUUGGUAUUAGGUCGACGAGGCAUGAACUUAGGAAAGUUACUUUGACUGGUAAAAAACUGCCGAAUAUUAAGUUCCCACGGAAUUUUAAAAUGGUAAGAGAGUAUAAUAAGACGAAAGAGGAAAUAAGACUUUAUCAAAGAUACAUUGGAUUUAAAAAUUCAUUCGACAACCUAAAUUUAAUUGAUGGUUGUCUUCUUCCCAGAAUAUAUAACUCUAGGAGAUAUCAAAAUGCUUCUGAAACUAAGAGCAAACUCUUGUAUGGCAGACUAGGUGGGAGAUUCAAGCAAGUAUAUGCUGAUGAAGCAUUACCGAUCGUAGAUAUCUAUGAAGACAUUACUGAAUCUGAUAAUUAUAUGAGAGACCAGUUUCAGUUAGACGUAAACCAUAAGCUAGAGAACGAAAUGUCUGAUACUGAGGAGAGCUUAAGCGAUCCAGUAGUUGACUCAGACAAUGAUUCAGAUUUGGAUCUUUUUGAUGAUUCCAUAAAUGAACAAUUGAAUAAUUUAAUAGGUCACUCUGAAGCUGUCAAGAAAAUGCAAGUCCAUAAUGAACUGGACGAUUUUCUGUCUGACUCGGAGUUAGAAAAUUUAAUAUCCCAAGGAAAACUUUAA